UUCUCAGAGAGUCAGAAGAGAGAGUCAGAAGAGAGACUCCGGACACAACGGGACUACAGACGGGAUUAGAACCAGGAGCAAAACCAGAACCAGGACUAAAACCAGGACUUCAACCAGAACCAGAACCAGAACCAGGAGCAGGAACAGAAACUGAACUGACCGGAGAUGGACGGCUGAAGUGAUGGCCGCCGUGUUUCCUGAACGAGGAGAAGAAGAAGCUUCCGGUCUCCAUGUUGGUCGCCAUGGCAACGCUGGACGGAGAAACGCCAUCUGAGACGCUCCUGACCGCGAUCCACCUGGAGAGGUACCUGGAUACCUUCCGCCGAGCCGGGCUCCUAUUGGCCAGCGACUUCACCCACCUGGACAGCGACGCCCUGGUCAGCCUCGGUGUGACGGCCACCGGACACCAGAAGAGAAUCCUGCACCUGGCCAAUCACAUUCAGAGGGCGGAGAGUCAAACAGCCAAUCAGAGAGCUGCUCUCCCGCGCUGUCAGUCUGUGACGGGUCGAGCGUCCGUCAGAGGGAGCUUCGAGGCGUUGAGGAACACUUCGGCUCCGAACCUCGGCGACUUGCUGACCAACUGUGAGGUCAUCGUGAAGCCGGUCCCCAAACCCAGAACCGUGUUCAACCGGCGCCGAACCGCCCCCAUCAGGUUCUGUCCUGAGGGAGACCCUGCACCCCCCCCCACCAGGAGGCUCUCACAGGACUCCAUCUGUCUGUGAGUGUGUGUGUGUGUGUGUGUGUGUGAACAAACAGGAAUUUUGUUAUACAUUUUUUAAAUGGAACUUUAUACACAAAGUAAUAAUAUAAAUAUCUCCAUGUCUCUGAAUCGGAGGCGGAGGGCGAGUCUCAGCCGGUCUCUGUCGGACGCAGGGGGGCCGUUACGUUACCCCCCGUCCCCCCCCCGGCUGACCCGCGGGACCCCCCCCAUCAUCCAGGGGUCCCCCCCCCACACUUCCUGUCCUGGGAGUCUGGACAGCAGCAGAUCCUCGCCCGGCGGGAUGGAGAUGGUUCCUAAUGAGAUCUACUGGGGGGCUUCAUCUGGAUCUACUGCCCCCGCAGGAGGGAGGGCUCACUGCAGCGAGCAGGCCGCCCCCCCCACCCCUCCCAGACUGACACCGGACAGGAAGCUAGAGAGGAACAGUGGCAGUACUCUGAGUAACAACUCUUCAGGAUCCGCCCAAGCUUCAACAGACGACCCCGAGGAGGAGAUCAGCCCGUACUGUGAGACGGUGUUCCACAGCAGGAGAAACGAGGGUGAAAGAGAUAUGAGGAGGGAGGACAGACAUGCCGAGGAUCAUGGCGGUCAGAAGCUGUCCUGGACGAGGCGUUUGUCUCAGGCUCUUCACCCCGGAGACGCUCAGGGUUACAGCACCGUGGGGGAACCUCCCCCCCCCCUGCGCUACCUGUCUCUGCCCCCCCACAGCCUCCCCUCAGAGCCCGAUGAUGACCUCACCAUCUCCCCCUAUGCCAGCUACACCUCCCUCACAGAGAGAGCCCCCCCCAUCAUCAGCGGCUGGCUGGACAAGCUGUCUCCCCAGGGGAACUAUGUUUUCCAGAAGCGCUACGUGAAGUUUGACGGCAAAAACCUGAUGUACUUUGGCAGUGAGAAGGACGUUUACCCAAAAGGAGUCAUCCCAUUGGCUGCCAUUCAGAUUGCCCGCCCAACCAAAGACCACAAAUUUGAAAUUGUGACGAGUCAUCGAAUCUUUGUUUUCAGGACUGACAAUGAAGUGCUGCGGCGGCGCUGGCUGGUCACUCUGCAGGAACACGUCAGAGAUCAGAUGGUUUUCGGCCAGCGGACUUUCGGCCCCGGAGCUCAGUGUCAGAAACACGGGGCCCUCGAGCUGAAGGGCCACAAAAACAGAGUGUUCACGGCCAUCAACACCGAGCAGAUCUGGAUCUACAAGAGCGAGCAGUGUUUUCUUAACGGGAUCGGCAUCACGGUGAUUGAAGCUCGAGGAUCGACGAUCAGAGACGGAAAACACAAGAGCUUCGACCUCAUCACCCCGUACAAAACCUUCAGCUUCACGGCGGAGUGUGAGCGGGAGAAGCGCGUCUGGAUGGAGGCGCUGCAGGACGCCAUCGCUGAGACGCUGUCGGACUACGAGGUGGCGGAGAAGAUCUGGUCGAACCGCUCCAACAGGACGUGUGCCGACUGCCGGGCGCUGAACCCGGACUGGGCCUCCAUCAACCUGAGCGUCGUCAUCUGCAAGAACUGCGCCGGGCAGCACAGAGGUCUGGGGACGAUGGUGUCAAAGGUUCAGAGUCUGAAGCUGGACACGAGCGUGUGGAGCAACGAGAUCGUCCAGCUGUUCAUCAUGCUCGGUAACGACCGUGCUAAUGAUUUCUGGGCGGCCCGCCUGCCGGUGGGGGAGGAGCUGGACUGCGACGCCCCCCCCGACCAGAGGAGGGAGUUCAUCGUUCAGAAGUACAGAGAGGGCAGAUACCGCCGGCCCCACCCGGCCUUCAGCACCCAGCCGGAGCUGCUCAAGGUCCUGUGCUCAGCAGUCUCUGAACAGACUCUCCUGAAGACUGUAACUCGUAUCUUCUCGGAGGCCGAGGCUGAAAACCAGGACCAACGACCGCUGCCCCAACCAGAUCUCAGUGUGUAUGAUGAGAUCAUGCAGCCCGUCCUUCACUCUGGAUUCCUCUAUAAAUCCGUCCACCGGGGGACGCUGUCCCGCAGAACCAGAGAAGACUUCCAGAGGUUCUGGUGCUCGGUGGGCGACUCGGUGCUGCUGUACGAGUCGGACCGGGCCCCUGAAGCCUGCCUGCAGAUCAGCGUCAGAGACAUCGUGUGUUUGGGGGUCAGCCGCCCCGACGCGUCCAACAACAACGGCUUCAUCGACAGGUUCAGGUUCACCUUCGAGAUGUGUCUGUCUUCAGAGAAACUCCUGCAGUUCGGCUUGGAGACGGCCGACGCUCUGCACAGCUGGACCAGGUCCAUCGGGAAGGCUUUGUCCCCCCUGAGCGUCCACUGUCUUCUGUCCCGGGAGUUUGAGCGUGUCGGGGUCCUGCGGUACCGGAACAUGUUGGACGCCCAGCAGUGGAGGGACGCCUUCUUCGUCCUCCAGAAGACAAACCUGUUCAUCUGUCCCCGAAGGGACGGAGCGGCCGAGGACAUCAUCAACCUGAAGCGCCUGCAGGAGCUCAGCAUCUCCUCGGAGACGGAGAACCAGGAGAAGAAGGACAUUCUGGUGCUGGUGGAGAGGGGGAGGACGCUCCACCUGCAGGGCGUCGGGCGCUCAGACUUCUCUCUCUGGUUCUCGGACAUCCAGCGGGCGGCGGGCGGGGAAGGAAGCGCGCUGAGGGAGCAGCAGCUGAGCAGGAACGACAUUCCCAUCAUCGUGGACAGCUGCCUGGCCUUCAUCACGCAGUACGGGCUGGGCCACGAGGGGAUCUACAGGAAGAACGGCUCCAGGACCAGAAUCAAACUCCUGAUGGACGAGUUCCGGAAAGACGCCCGAAACGUGAAGCUGCGCAUCGGAGACCACUUCAUCGAGGACGUGACGGACGUCCUGAAGAGGUUCUUCAGGGAGGUGGACGACCCCGUCUUCAUGGACGACCUCCACCCGCUGUGGCAGGACGCUGCCAGAAUCCCCCAGAAGAGAGCGAGGCUGGACCGCUACAAGGAGAUCAUCCGGACCCUGCCCCGGGUCAACAGGACCACCCUGGCUGCGCUCAUCAGUCACCUGUACAGGGUCCAGAAGUGUGCCGAUCUGAACCAGAUGUGCACCAAGAACCUGUCGCUGCUGUUCGCCCCCAGCCUGUUCCAGACCCACGGGAAGGGCGAGCACGAGGUGAAGAUCGUGGAGGAUCUGAUCGACAACUACCUGCACGUCUUCGAUAUCGACGAGGAGCAUCAGACGCAGAUCGAGCUGGAGGUCAGCCUCAUCACCACCUGGAAGGACACGCAGCUGUCUCAGGCUGGAGAUCUGAUCAUCGAGGUUUACCUGGAGAGGAAGAACCCCGACUGCUGCAUCACCCUCAAGGUUUCACCCAGCAUGAGCGCUGAGGAGCUGACCAAUCAGGUGCUGUUCAUGAGGAACGUCCCCCCUGCAGAGAGAGACGUCUGGAUGACCUUCGAGGUGCUGGAGGACGGACAGCUGGAACGGCCUCUGCUCCCCAGACAGAAAGUUCUGGAAGAAGCUUUGCAGUGGUGCAAGAUGGCCGACCCGAGCUCAGCACACCUGGUGGUGAAGAAAGUUCCUAAAACAGACAUCCUCACCACCUAUCACAGCGACAUCAUGAAGGUGGGUCUGCUGAGGUGUCGUGAGGAACCUCCGAAGCUCCUGCAGGGGAACAAGUUCCAGGAGAGAACGUUCCAGAUCAGGGAGAACAAACUGCUGUUGCUCAAAGACAAGAAGAGCAUCAAACCAGAGAAGGAAUGGUCUCUGAAGAACAUGAAGAUCUACAUCGGCAUCCGCAGGAAACUGAAGGCUCCGAGCAGGUGGGGGUUCACCGUGAUGUCGGACAAACACCAGCUGUUCCUGUGUUGUACCUGCGAGGCUGAACUCUGGGACUGGAUCAGCAGCUUCCUCAAAGCUCAGAGCGAUGACUCGGCGCCCCCGGUGCUGAGGCGUCACUCCUCCUCAGAUAUCUCGCGGCAGAAGUUCGGCACGAUGCCGCUCGUCCCGAUCCGAGGACACGAGAGCAACAGCAGCAUGCUGUCGGCCAAUCAGACGCUGAGGAAGCUACACGACAGACGGACGCUCUCCAUGUACUUUCCCAUGAAGGUGCAGAAGGAUGCGUUUGAGGAGCGUCUGGAGUCCCCGCCGCUCCCCGAGCCUCUGUACGAGGAGGUGGGGGACUUCGGCCUGCAGGUGCUCCAGUCUCUGCAGACCAGCUUCCUGUCGGGGGGGGCCUCCGAGACACAGGAGGUGCCCGAUCCCCCCCCGCUCAGACUGCUUCCAGAGGACCCCCCCUCCGAGGACCCCCCCUCCGAGGACCCCCCCUCUGAGGACCCCCAAUCUGAGGACCCCCUGCAGAGCGUAGGCUGCACCCUGUCUCAGGAGCUGCUGCUGAAGGAGCUUUCCUCCGCCUUCAUCAAGAAGACCAGAGAGGAGGAGGAGGAGGAGGAGGAGGAAGAGGAGGAAGAGGAGGAGGAGGAGGAGGAGGAAGAGGAGAGGCCGUAUGAUGUGUGAGAGGACGAGCUUCCAUCACAGCUCAGAGAGUGUGACGGUCGGUUCAGGCCGGACUGCAGGACAGAGAGGGACAGAUAUCCAGGGUUAAACCAAAGAUGUUAUUUAAUGAAGAGUGAAACUUUAUCAGAAGCUGUUUCCAGCUGGAAGGACAGAGGACCAAUGCUACAGACAUCUGACCCCGGGUAAAACAAGAGACCAGACUCCUAUGGGGAAUCAUUUCCUGACAGAGAGGCCUUCUGUUGAACGCUAGAGAACAGAAGGAGCUGUUCAAUAGAGCAGUGAAGAAGCCUCAAGCCAUAGGAGCCCACUCAAAGACCCUCAAAGGACCCUUAAAGGACUCUUAAAGGACACUAUUAUACUCUUUAUCAUCAUUAUAUCACAGGUCUCAGAUAUAUCCAGAGCCUGUCUCUGAUUGGCUGAAACCCCAAACAGAUCAUUGCAGCAUCCCACAAUCCCCUCUGUUUCAGCCCUGUUUCCUGUUACUUUAAAUGCUAAUGAGCUGCUGCUGGCCACGCCCCCUGAGAGAUGAUUGGUUUAAAAGAACACAAUGGUGCUCUAGGAGGAGAUUCAGGUGAUAAGAGGGGGGGGUUACCUUGGUUGGUGAUUGGCUAAUGGUUACACAAGCCAAGAAACAUUGUGACAUCACUAAGUGGCCAUUAUCACGUUGUAUUAUCUCUGCCUUCUUUUAGAGCAAACAGCUCAGUGUCGUCUUUAACGGCCACAUAUUGUAUUUUCCUCUGAGUAUAAAUAUAUAAAUAUACAUGUAUAUUAGGGCUGUCAGUUGAUUAAAAUAUUUAAUCGCGAUUAAUCGCAUGAUUGUCCAUAGUUAAUCGCGAUUAAUCGCAAAUUAAUCGCACAUUUUUUAUCUGUUCUAAAUG